AAAUUGUAUAUGCUAGAAACUAUUGUUCAGCAGAUAGAAAUUUGGGAUUUAAAAUCUGAUGAAAUAGGGGGAAUUUAGCAUUGGUCACUCAACAAAGUUCGACAGAAGUGAUAAGCUAUAUUUGAAGCUAGGCUACUAUAGAAAUAUCAUUAUAUAUUUAGUUGGAGACAGUUCGAUAUCAAGAAGAUCAAAAUGGCGGACCAAGCACCAUCAAACGAACCUCAACUCGAGGAAGAGAUAGCUACAGAAGCUUUUCCUAUGCUGGACGACAUAAUAAACUGUCCCAAAAACCCAGGACACAAGAAGUUCCUGCCAUACAAUGAAUUCAAAAUGCAUCAUCUUCCACCAAGGUACAGAUCAGAGAAGCUGUAUCGGUAUCUGAAAAAUGUUGGAGAUAGUGUGGUCCGACUGACCGUAACGUGCGAAGACGGAAGCAAACGUUUUGGGUCCGGUGUCGUGUGGAAAUAUCGCGGCGUUCUCUACAUUUACACCAACAACCACGUGGUAGAGACGGACUUCCAGGCCAAAAAUACAGUCAUUGAUUUCUAUUAUGAUUAUAAAAAUUGUCCAGACAUACAAUACUCUAAAGGGACAUCUCUUGUGUACACUUUCUCUGGUAUGGACAAGUCUAUGAUCACUUUUGAUCCGGUGCCGAAAGGAUUCGACCAUUUCUACAUGCCCGACUCCGGACGUUGUCGAGGGAUCAUUAAGGUAAACGUUGACGGAGUAGAAAUUGAAUGUCGAGGAUUAACUUGCGUCCAUAAAGACAAAACGUGCGUCGUUGUACGGAACAAGCCUGAAAUCUCCUGGACGGACGAUCUUGCCAAACAAGCUACCGCAUAUUUCAGAGAAUUUGACGAACGUGAUAAGAUAUAUGCAACUUUUUCUGGAGUUUUUGAAUCGAACGAGGAAAUGACUUUUCUGGAGUUUGACGAAGUUCCUGAUAUGAUCCGAGACGAAAUGACGAAGGAGGAACAUUUUUGGGAGAGUGUGGAAGGGAAGACCUAUCCUGUAGUCAUAGCUCAUCCCCAUGGCGGUCCAAAAAUGGUGACCAUCGGUAGAAAGAUCGAAUUGGAAAACAAGGAAGAUAUGGGUGUUGUGCUGCAUCACUCCGCAGGGACCUGUGGUGGUUCUAGCGGAGGUGCAGUGGUGGCUAUAGGUGGUGAGAAUAAAGUCAGAGGGUUGUACAGCUACGCCUUCCUACAUUGCCAAGGUUGCAAGUCAGAUAAAUAUACCAGUCAGACUGGCUCUGAUAAUGUGAACACGUCUUCUCUAUCUAUCUGGUUGUGAGGAACACACCAUGUUAGAAGUGUUCAAUAAUAGCGUAUAGAUGACUAUUCAAUAUGUACAAGCAAGUGAAACAAUACCGUUAAUCAAAAAUCUCGUCCAAAAAUGGCAAAAUCCAGAGUGAAAGUUGUCAGUCUAAUUAAAAAAACUUCCGUUUGUAUUUUAUUAGUUUCGUUUCGAAUGUUUUAUUAGCUUUGUACGUAACCACUACAGUAAGGUCUAACACUGUCCCUCUUGACUUCAUUCUGUUAACCUUUGCUUGACCUCCGAGGAAUAUUAGACAAGCUUAUUAAGUGCACUAGUCUAAUACAUUUCGGAAUGCACAUAUCACAUUAUCCCGUCGCUGGAAGGGCAGCCACGUGAUUAGUUAAAACAGAGGUCAAUACUAAUAAACUAAUAAAAUACAAACGGAAGUAAGGUCUAAUUUAAAUUAUACUGAAAAGUUGUAUAGUACGUUCAAUUUAGUCCGAAACUUGCGAACUAUUGCCAGACAGCGGUAUAGAAGUAUCGGGUUAUGCUCAAUGGAGACACAUUAUCUUAUAGCCUAGGUCUUGCCAUUUUCCUUAAACACCGGCACCACGAUUAUUCACAUUAUAAGCCAGGGCUUACUUCCUAGAGGGGUAGGGAUAUCUGCGAUUGCCCGCGGCUUUAAGGGCUGCGAGAAGGGGCGGCCACCCCUCUGAACCCUACCCCCCUUUGGCUCCACCACUUGUAACGUUGCAUAAGGAACAUAGGUCUUCCUGUUGAACUAAAAUGAACUGUCGCGUUCUAAAUUUAGUUUAUGUUUGAAAUAUUCUGAAAUACUCACAUAAUUCUGAAUUGCACUUAUUUGUCUAAGGGCCAUAGCUCGUGUUUAACCUUGCCUUAUUCAUGUCAAAUUAUUGAUAUUUUCCAUGACUUUUAAACACUUUUAUGUUUAUUUGAUAUAAUCAGAACAAGUUUUAUGUUUUUUUUUAUAUGAUUGUAAUUUUUUAUUCAUAUUUGUUUUUUCGCAAUAUCAAUAGUAUUAAAUCUGUUAACCUCUGC